UUGCCGCCGGGCCGAACAUGUGUUUCUGUUUUGUGUUGUAGCAUUUGUUCUGGAAGCUCGUAUUUACAUUUUAAGUGUAUCUGGUGAGUGGGUUGGAGCCCUCGUCUGGGCCGGGGGAGAAAAGGGGAAAGGAAAAAAAAAAGAAAGAAAAAAAAAGCGCCCUCCGGUUCGUCUUUUAGUUGCUCCUCAUCCUUUUUCUCUCCGGUUUCUCAUCACUCCAACCAGCGCGACCAUGCCCAGGAAGAAGGCGGCGGCGGCCUGGGAGGAGCCGAGCUCGGGCAACGGCACGGCCCGCGCCGGGCCCAGGAAGCGCGGCGGCCCGGCGGGCAGGAAGCGCGAGCGGCCCGAGCGCUGCAGCAGCAGCAGCGGCGGCGGCAGCAGCGGCGACGAGGACGGCCUGGAGCUCGACGGGGCUCCCGGCGCGGGCAAGCGGGCGGCGCGGCCGGCGGCGGCCAAGGCCGGCGCGGCCGUCAUCAUCACCGAGCCCGAGCACACCAAGGAGCGCGUCAAACUCGAAGGGUCUAAGUGCAAAGGGCAGCUUUUGAUUUUUGGGGCAACCAACUGGGACUUGAUUGGUCGAAAAGAAGUGCCUAAACAACAAGCUGCUUAUCGCAAUCUCGGUCAGAAUUUGUGGGGGCCCCAUAGGUAUGGGUGCCUGUCGGGGGUCCGGGUCCGGACGGUGGUGUCGGGUUCCUGUGCUGCCCACAGCCUCCUCAUCACCACGGAGGGGAAGCUGUGGAGCUGGGGCCGCAACGAGAAGGGGCAGCUGGGACACGGGGACACCAAGAGAGUCGAGGCUCCCAAACUCAUCGAGAGUCUCAGCCAUGAGGUGAUCGUGUCCGCGGCCUGUGGGCGGAACCACACUCUGGCCUUGACAGAAACGGGGUCCGUUUUUGCAUUUGGAGAGAACAAGAUGGGCCAGCUGGGCCUGGGCAACCAGACUGACGCCGUCCCCAGUCCUGCACAGAUAAUGUACAACGGCCAGCCAAUCACCAAAGUGGCCUGUGGGGCUGAGUUCAGCAUGAUAAUGGACUGCAAAGGAAACCUGUACUCCUUUGGGUGCCCUGAAUAUGGCCAGCUGGGACACAAUUCGGACGGGAAGUUCAUUGCCCGAGCGCAGAGGAUCGAGUACGACUGUGAGCUGGUGCCCCGGCGCGUGGCCAUCUUCAUCGAGAAGACCAAGGAUGGACAGAUCCUGCCAGUCCCAAACGUGGUUGUGCGGGAUGUGGCUUGUGGGGCCAACCACACGCUCGUUCUGGACUCCCAGAAGCGCGUCUUCUCCUGGGGCUUCGGUGGCUACGGCCGCCUGGGCCACGCCGAGCAGAAGGACGAGAUGGUUCCUCGCCUGGUGAAGCUCUUCGACUUCCCGGGGCGCGGGGCGUCCCAGAUCUAUGCCGGCUACACCUGCUCAUUCGCUGUCAGUGAAGUGGGGGGUCUGUUUUUCUGGGGGGCCACCAAUACGUCCCGUGAGUCUACUAUGUACCCGAAGGCUGUGCAGGACCUGUGUGGCUGGAGAAUCCGGAGCCUGGCUUGCGGGAAGAGCAGCAUCAUCGUGGCUGCCGACGAGAGCACCAUCAGCUGGGGCCCAUCGCCCACCUUCGGGGAGCUGGGAUACGGAGAUCAUAAGCCCAAGUCUUCCACUGCGGCCCAAGAGGUGAAGACCCUGGACGGCGUCUUCACAGAGCAGGUCGCCAUGGGCUACUCACACUCCUUGGUGAUCGCGAGAGAUGAGAGUGAGACCGAGAAGGAGAAGAUCAAGAAGCUGCCAGAGUAUAACCCCCGAACCCUCUAAUGCUCCUGGAGGCUCGUCCCGCCCCGCACCUGCGGCAGCUGUCAUUCCCACGGAGACUCAUCCCACUCCGCACCUGCCGGAGACUCGUCCCCACUGCACACCUGCGGCAGCUGUCAUUCCCGCGGAGACUCGUCCCACCCCACACCUGCACUCGCUGCCAUCCCACGUGCACUGGGACGGACGUCAAAGGAGGGAUUGAAAAGAGCAAUGGUUGACCGAAGGUGCAUUUUUGUUAGACUCCCUGAGGUUCCGUUUUAUAAGUGAUUCAACGUCAACUACCUUUUCUGUAUGCUUUCCAAAGUGGUUUUUUUUUUUCCUGCCGCCCUCAACGUUUAAUUAAAAUAUUUGCUCAGAGUUGACUUACCAUUCCUACAAAAGAGGCAAAACUUUGAGCAAUCUAGCUUUUUCCUCCCCUUUUUUUUUUGAAGUUUUUCUCCCUCCCCGGACCCCCGUACACUUCUCAACACACCCCUUUCCGGUUGUAAUUAGCAUCGUGAUCCGAAUGGGUGCCUGGGAGAGCAGCCACCCUUUACUCAGAAACAGAUGUCCCCUCCGGGAACCGGCAGCAUCUAAGCAAAGACCGUCCCCGUCCUGAGUCACGCCCGCCUGCUUUGGAAGCGUCUGGGCCCUCCUCUCCUGCUUUCUCUCAUGACCGGCCCAGGCCAGCCUUCGUUCCUUACCCCCUUGGCUGCUUGCAAGCCCUACUGCCUUUUGGCUGCAACAUUAAUAGAGUCUGCCGUCCCUGGGGCGCUGGGGUCUGUGUUUAGCCAUUUAUAUAUCUACUUUAGCUGUAAAAGAAAUCCAAAUGAAAUCAGGUGAUUGCAGAACUAGUGGGGACUUGGGGGCAGGAGGAGGGGGUGGGGUCACACAGGCGUGGGGACGUUGGAUCUGGUUCCAGAUGGGCUUUAAGCCCGCUCAGAUGGGCCAGGGCCACCUCUCCAGCACUCGCCACUAGAGAUUGAUCAGCCAGCAGCAAAAAGUGCAUUCUAGAGUCCUUGCAGAGAAGGGACCAGCCCCGGCGUGCCGCCUUUCAGGGCCGCGAGCUCCUGUGUGUGUCCCCCACCGGCUGGGCCCUUCCAGCAGCCCGCUCUGCCCCAAGGUCCGGCCUCUGUUCUGCACCCAGCUUCCUAGUCGUGCUUGCUUGGCUGUGGUACCAAAUAGUCGGGAUCACUGAAGACGUCCCCCUUCCCAUGUGUCAGCGCAGAUGCUGUGACUGCCGCCCCGGCCCUCUGCCCAAGCGCGUCACCGGUUUGCACUGCUCUGCGUGCGUUACGAGGUGCCUUUCCCGGAACCCUUCUCUCCCUGGGACCCGAGAGGGUCAGCUCUGGCUGGGGCUCUUGGUUUCGAGAGGGUCUGGACUGGUUUGGGUGCUUUAAAAUAGAAUUUUUUAGUUCAGUGGUGCUUUGGGGUGGGGAGAGGGGUUUAGAACUCCAGGGUGAGACUUGGGUGGAUGGGAAAGUUGAAUAGUGGUCUUUUUAAAAAAAAAAAAAAUUCUUUUUUGCUUUGCUAUUGUUACCGCUUGUCAUUGUCUCGAUGUUAAAAUGCCAAAAAUGAUCUAGUUGUUGCUUCUCCCCCGACUUGUCCCGUCACUCCGCAGGGCGGGUUCUGCCUUGUCAGGGCACCUACCCUUCUCUGGCCCGGUCAGUCCCGAGGUCUGAGGGGGCAACUGUCCCACAUCUUUCCCAGAUUUAGUCUGAUUUCACGCUCAUUUCUACUGUUAGGUCAAUAGUCCAGGGGAAAAACUUCUGCAUCUUGAGAGCUUCUGCUAAACUAACCUGAUUUGUCCAAAUCACCCCCAAGCCACCAUCUGACUCCAAGCUUCUGUGUGUGGGACCCCUCACCCCUGUUUCCCUGGACGAGUCUCUCCUGGAGACGGGGCUCACGCACACGCUCCUGGUGCCCGUGUUGCCGUCGCCCAGAGCCGAGGAACCGUCUCUGGCCCCCCCACGUUGGCAGGAGCUGCCCUCAGCCAUAUGCCAGGCUCCAGUCUGCAGUGGAUUCAUCCGAAAGCCGCCACCAGCCAAUUCCAGACGCUCCCUGCCAGGGCGAGAGCGGGCGAGGAGCAGGUCCCUUGCAGGCGGCAGGACGUGGUCCUGCUGUCCCCAUCACUCCUUUUCCCGUAAGGAUUUGAAUGAACUGCCCACAGGGGAGACGUGAGGGACAGGCACCGGGCACGGUGCUGGCCCUCGGGAGCGUCUGACAAGUCUUCCAGCGCAGGAGGGAGAAAGUGGACCCAGGAGGAAGGUGGACAGAGAGGCUUAGCGCGAAGGGGAACCAGGAGGAGGGGAUUUGGUCGAAGGUGCCUGGUUUAGUGCUGUAAUUGUCUUUUUUUUUAUAUAUAUAUAUUUCUUGGAGUAAGCAUUUUAAAUAAAUGACAUCAUUGUUUACUCUG